AUGAGCCGCUGCAGCCCCAGGGCGCACCCUCCUGUGCCCUCCGAAGGUCCGGCACACCCUCCUGUGCCCCCCGAAGGUCCGGCACCCCCUCCUGUGCCCUCCGAAGGUCCGGCGCCCCCUCCUGUGCCCCCCGAAGGUCCGGCGCCCCCUCCUGUGCCCUCCGAAGGUCCGGCGCCCCCUCCUGUGCCCUCCGAAGGUCCGGCAUCCCCUCCGGCGCCCUCCGAAGGUCCGGCACCCCCUCCGGCGCCCUCCGAAGGUCCGGCACCCCCUCCGGCGCCCUCCGAAGGUCUGGCACCCCCUCCGGCGCCCUCCGAACGUCCGGCACCCUCUCCUACUCCCUCCGAGGGUCCAGCGCCCCCUCCUGCACCCUCCGAGAGUCCUGCGCCCUCCAACCGCCCAGCAGGUGCAGCCAUGCCCAGUGCUGUCCUGGCCCCUCUGUUUGAGUGUCCUGCGUGCUUUGGGUCCAUCUUACCGCCCAUCUUCCAGUGCUACAGGGGCCACCUCCUCUGCAACAGCUGUCGCUCGAGGGUGACCUGCUGCCCGACCUGCCAGGGCCCAUUGGGACGCAUCCCCAACUUGGCCAUGAACAGGGUGGCCGACUCCGUGCUGUUCCCGUGCCAGUACGCCCACUACGGCUGCAGGGCCACCACGCAGCUCACCGGCAGAGCCGCCCACGAGGAUCUGUGCACCUUCCGGCCCUACCGCUGCCCGUGCCCCGGCAUUGUCUGUCCCUGGCGAGGCCUUCUGCAUACCAUGUCGGCCCACCUGACGCAGCACGAAGUCAUCACGUCCCUGCAGGGGGCGGAGGUCGUGUUCCUGGCCUUCGACGUGCACCUUCCCGGCGCCCUGGACUGGGUGAUGGUGCAGUCCUGCCACGGAGGUCACUUCAUGACGGUCCUGGGGAAAAGGAACUACCACGGCUACCAGCAGUUUUUCUCUGUAGUGCAGUUCAUCGGAGCCCCCGGCCAGGCCCAGCAGUUCACCUACCAGCUGAAGCUGGCCAAGUACAGGCGGUGCUUGGCGUGGCAAGCCCCGCCUCUAUCCCUGCUCCAGGACCCGGAGGAGGCCUUCAGCAGGGGUGACUGUCUGCUUUUUGAUGCUGGCACUGUGGAGCACUUCACCGAAGGCGGCAACCUGAGCAUGAAGGUCUCCAUCUCCAUGUGCUGA